AUGGACAAAUUGUAUAUUGGUAUACGAGCUGAAGACAAAUCAUACAUGGAGAGAAGAACACCCAUUCCCCCUCAUGAUUGCAAGUAUAUUAUGGAAAAACAUAAUCAAAUUUAAAUAAUUGUAUAGCCUUCAACGAAGAGAAUAUUCACCGACGAUCAAUACUUAGAAGUGGGAUGCUUGGUUUAGGACGAUUUAUCGAUCUGCAGAGCAAUCAUAUGUAUUAAGGAAAUUCCCAUUGAAAAAUACAUAGAAGGAAUGACAUAUUUAAAUUGGUCUCACACUUUAGAGGGGGAACCAUAUAAUAUGCCAGCUCUGGAUGUGAUGCUUAAGAAAAAUAUUAGGCAUUUGGAGUACGAACGAAUUUACGACGAUAACGGUGUUAACAUAACCUCGUUCCCUUACGCUGGUAUCGCAGGAAUCAUCACGUUCUUGAAUGAAUACGGCAAGUACUUACUCAAAAGAGACAUGAAUACACCAUUUUUGCAAAUCGGUCCAACUUUCUAAUAUUAUAAUAAAAAAGACGCUUAUGAAGCCUUAUAAAAGGCAGGCUAAGCUAUUUAAGAAAGAGGACUCCCUCCUAAGCUAGGGUUGCCACUAAUAAUUGGAGUAAUGGGUUCAACUGGUUCAUGUGGUAAAGGUUCUUUGGAAGCCUUGUCUCAACUUCAGAUUACACUGGUAAAUCCAGAAGAUUUGAAAGAACUAGUUAGGAACUCAAAUGAUAAAAAACAUAGGAACACCGUUUAUGUUUGUCCUUUUAAAACUACUGAUUUGGUUAGGCAUAAACAUGAUGUUCACAAAGAAUUCACAUCUCAAGAUUAUUAUGAAAAUCCAUUAGAUUAUGAACCUAUCUUCCAUCAGAAAUACCUACCCUAUCUAACGAUUCUCGUUAACGAUAUUUAUUGGGAAUACAAGUUUCCUCGAUAUGUUACUGAUUCCUAAAUUAAAGAAUUAUUUGAAUCUGGUAAUAGUAGAUUGCAGGCUGUAUGUGAUGUUACAUGUGAUCUAGAAGGCUCCAUCUAAUUCUUAAAGAAGUUCACUAACCCUGAUCAUCCAGUUUACUAUUAUAAUCCAAUAUCUCAAUAAGUUCACGAUGAAUUCGAUUUCGAAUCUCAAAAGGACAUCAUGUAUAUGUCAAUUGAUUUCUUGCCAUCCUAAAUGCCAUAUGAAGCCAGCAUGGAUUUCGGAAAAGCUCUAAGGAAUAUUGUUCCAUACUUGGCCUACUCAGACCCAACAAAACCUUUAGAAGAGAGUGGGCUACCUGAAUUUUUGUAAAAUGCAACUGUCACUCUACAUGGUUAACUUACUUAGAAAUUUGAAUACAUCAAUGAAUUAAGAAAACUUAAUGAAACAGAAACUGACCAUUAAAAGUUCAGAAUGAUAACGUCAUACUAUUCAAACAAAAUUAAUACAAUUAAAGAUAACACCUCAAUAGACAAUAAGUCACUAUCUUAAUAAUAACUAUCAACUGAUUCUGAUGCAUAGGAUGAUAGAUUCUAAUCAGAGGAUUAAUCUAGAAAGCUGCAUACUUCUUCUAGUAUUAGUGAGACUAAUAUCGAUGAGGGUAGAUCAGUUAAUAAUCAACGAACUUUGGAAGAACAAAUCUAAAUUUCAUGAUUAUUAUUAAUUUAGCUUUAUUAUUAUUUUGAAAUUUAUAUUUAU